GCGCAUGCGUGUUUCCAUACCAGCUGAUGGUGAAAUUGGGUAUUUAUUAGUUGAGGUUAAAUAUCCUUUUUCUAUGGGUUAAAUUGGUACACUUAAAUUUUUGAGAAAUAUAUGUAUUACAUAUAAUGUAAGUUGUACUUAUUUGCCAGCUGAAAUAUCAGUAAAUAAUAAUACCAUCUGUAAUAAUGUUAAAAGUCGGUAAUUGUUUUGAAAGUAUUAGUGAAUUUCAUGUUGAAUUGAAAAAAUAUGAAACAGAACAAAAUUGUGUUUUUUAUAAAAGAAGCACAACAAAUAUUAAAUCUGCCCGCAAUAAGGGUGUAAGUAGACACAUAAGAGAUGAUUUACCUUAUCAAGUUCUCUACUGCUGUAUUCAUGGAGGAAAAAACAAACAGAAAACACCCAAAGACAACAGCCGUAAAGCAAGGACUUUUCAAAGAGGGUGUCCAGCCUACAUAAGACUAAUUGCGUCAGAAGAUGGGAAUUCUUUAAAGAUUAUGUCGAUUGACAACAAUCAUAAUCAUGAUACCACAAAAGUAAAAACCUCAAAAUGCAAAUGCACCAUAACAUUAUACAGAGUGGUCAUGGCUAAAUGAAACAGGGAAUCAGCAUGGCAAAAUCUUGUCUAAGAUAACUCACCACUUGCAAUUCUAAAAGAAGAACUUAAUGUGACUAAUAGCCUCAGCUUUUAAAAAUGAGAUUUGGCCUUUAUGGCCUUCCUUAUAGUAAACGCUAAAUUAAACAAAUUAAAGAGAAGUGUUAUGUAAUAAAAAAAGUUACUAACAUGUAAUAACAUUUAUGAAGUAACAGUUCUAGGGACUAUUUUCUAACUACUAUUAAGUUAGGUUUCAAUGUAUUUCAAUCCAUUCUGUUUGUAGAAAUCGUCAAAAAGGUCAUAAUGACGUCGUGUUAUGACAUAUUUGUAGGCUUGUGGAGGUCAUAGCUUAUUUCAUCUUAUUCUAGGCUAUGUGAGAAUCGAGCAGGCCAUGAUUUGAUGAUUAAAUUUUAAAAUUAUUUUUGUAUAUAUAUAUAUAUA